GUUAAUCUCCACAAGAGCACUACCCGUCUUUGAAGCAAUGAAAACCUAUGGGAAUCCCUCCCAUAGAUCGCAGAGACAAACUUGACUGCGUUAUGCCAUUCUCCACAUAUCCUCAGGUUUUUAAUCACUACUAUAGACAUAGGCAUAGGCUCAGGCUCCUCCUCUUUUGUCGACUGCAGCCCAAAUCCAACCGCUAGCUUCUCGCUCUAAUGCCUUUCAACUUUAUUGCUGAAUUUCUUCCAUCAUCUCCACCCCCUACCCCAUGCAUUCUUUUCUUCACCUCUUUCCUACUACCACCCGCUCUCUUCCUUGCUCCACAAUCUCCCAUGCCCUUUCUACCCAACAACUCAAACCUCUCUUAACUACCAUAACUGAAGCUUCUCUUAACCAGCAUCACUUGAUCCAACUCAACUCUCGCCUAGCAAGUCUAACUCGCUCCACUCGCUACCAGGAUGCCCUCUGUCUAUUCGAUGAAAUUCACUGUCUACACCACAAUGUUAAGCCAGACCACUACACUCUCUCCACCGCCCUCAAAGCCUGUGCCAGUCUUCCUAACCUCGAAUUCGGAACUAAACUUCACGCCUACGCCAUCAAAUCCGGCUUCAAACCCUACUCUCAUGUCUCCAACACUCUCCUUUUUCUCUAUUCCAAGACCCAUCAUUUAGCUUCCGUUGAAAGGGUUUUUAAUGAAAUUGAACACCCGGAUGUUUAUUCUUGGACUACCAUGUUGUCUUCGUGUUCGAAAUUGGGAGGAAUUUCUUAUGCUUGCGAGGUGUUUGAUAAGAUGCCUAAGAAAGAAGUGGCAGUAUGGAAUGUGAUGGUUACCGGGUGUAUGGAAAAUUGGUAUCAAGGCCAUGGGUUUGACUUGUUUAAGCAAAUGCAUUUUUUGGGUUUGAAGCAUGAUAAUUAUAGCUUUGCUAGUGUAUUGAGCACCUGUUAUAUUGAAAAUUUGGGUUUUGGGAGGCAAGUUCAAGCUUUGGUAGUUAAAACUGGGUUUUUGUUUCGAGCUUCUGUGCUUAAUGCUGCAAUUACUAUGUAUUUUAAUUGUGAAGAUGUUGAAAAUGCGUGCCGGGUUUUGGAAGAAGUAGAGUGCUCUGUGUACGAUGGGAUUACUUUUAAUGUGAUGAUAGAUGGUUUACUGAACGUAGGAAGAGUUGAACAGGCGUUGUUAAUGUUUAGGGAGAUGUUAGAGGCUUGUUUGGGCCCCUCUGAACUGACUUUUGUCAGUUUAAUGAGUUCGUGUUCAUGUCGAAGAGUUGGGGAUCAAGUAUAUGCACAAGCUGUGAAGUUGGGUUUUGAACAGUCUACCUCCGUGAGCAAUGCGGCAAUAACUAUGUAUUCUACUUGUGGGGACUUAAAUGCUGCUCGAUUAGUUUUUGAGAGAUUGGAGCAGAAGGAUAUUGUGUCAUGGAAUACUCUGUUAUCAACUUAUGCCCAAAGAAGCUCUAGUAGCUCAGCGUUUGUUAUCUACAUGGAAAUGCGAAGGUCAGGGAUUGAACCGGAUGAGUUUACUUUCGGAAGUUUAUUGUCAUGCUCAGAAUUCAUAGAAAUGGGUGAGAUGAUUCAUGCCCUUGUGUUUAAAAAUGGACUCAUUUCAAGAGUCCAGGUUUCCAACGCAUUGGUUUCUUCAUACUCUAAGCAUGGGGAGAUGAAUCAAGCCUAUCAAUUAUUUCAAAUGUCUCCCAAGAACUUGAUCUCCUGGAAUACUAUUAUAUCGGGGUUCUUUCUAAAUGGGUUCCCAGCUCAGGGCUUAGAGCAAUUAACCAAACUGUUGAUAUCAAACCUCAGGCCAAAUUCAUAUACAUUUUCCAUUGCUAUUAGUAUUUGUGCCAGCAUCUCAUCCUUGAAUAAUGGGAAGCAACUUCAUGCUUACAUCCUCAGGCAUGAUUUUUCUUCAGAAACUUCUCUAGGCAAUGCUCUAAUCACAAUGUAUGCGAAAUGUGGAACUUUAAAUUGGUCUUUGAGAGUUUUUAACGAGAUGAUUGCAAAGGACUCAAUCUCUUGGAAUGCCCUCAUUUCUGCUUUUGCGCAGCAUGGAGAAGGUAAAGAAGCUGUAAAUUGUUUCAAGGCAAUGAAAGGUGUAGGUAGGGUUAAACCUGAUCAAGCAACAUUUACUGCUCUUCUUUCUGCUUGCAGCCAUGCUGGUUUAGUUGAUGAUGCCACUUGGAUAUUAAAUUCCAUGGUGAAUGAGUAUGGCUUUGAUCCUGGAGAAGAUCAUCUUUCAUGUAUGGUUGACCUUCUUGGUCGGGCUGGGUAUCUUGAUGAAGCUGAAAGAGUAAUAGACAGCAAGCAUAUUGAACCCUGUUCUAAUAUCUGGUGGACCUUGUUCAGUGCUUGCGCAGCUCAUAGUAAUCUAAGGCUCGCGAGAAUUAUUGCUAAGUUCCUCCUUGAAACAGAGCAAAAUAAUCCUUCAGUUUAUGUGCUUUUGUCAAAUACUUAUGCAGCUGCUGGGCAAUGGGAAGAAGCAGCUAGAGUGAGGGAAUCCAUGAAAAAUGUUGGGGUGAUGAAGCAACCUGGCUCAAGUUGGAUCAGUAUAUAGAUCCCUUCUGAUGCCAUCUUCUCUCUUCCCUAUAGAGCAAAGUCAUUUUUCUCCACGUAGUGUGUCAGAUCCCCGUGAUUAUUUGUCUCCAAAAUAACUGAACUAAACUCUUCCUGAGUUGGCAAGGGUGGGCUCUGAUGGUCUAGUUAUUUUUGCAGGUUCUUUUUAGUUGCAUAUAAAUUAUAAAAGGGAUAAAGCAACAUUUAGUCCCUGAGCUUGGCAACUUUUUCAACUUGGUCCCUAAACUUUUUUUGAUCCUCAUUAAUCUUGAAACUUGACAACUUUUCCCAA